GUCAUCCGUCAUCAAAUUGGUGGUCCAGCCUCUGUGGACUGGCAGUGAACUAAGUAAAUUAAUUUUUUUCAAAGUGCCGAAUUUGUUUCUUAGGUUAUUAGUAAAUUUAUUUUAAAAUUGUGAAUUUUAUUUAUUUUAGUUUUUAUACAUUAAAUUAAUAUAUUUUAUAACUAAAAAUGGAUGCGCUCGCGGAUGUUCUACAGCCUUACAAGGACCUGGUCGGGUCCAUAGCGGCCAUCGUAACCAUGGGUCAAAUGUUCUCCGGGACGUUUAUGUGCUGGGAUAUUUAUAAACAAGGCAACACCAGAGGAAUCCCCAGUACCCCUUUUCUCGGUGGAAUAGUCAUGAGCAUAAUUAAUUUAAAAUAUGGUUAUAUACUUCGUGACGACACUAUGAUACAAGUAAAUUUCUUCGGUUUGGGCCUAAACAUUAUAUAUGUAUUGAUAUAUUUCAAUUAUACAGAAGAAAAAGUGAAAACUUGGGCCCACAUUGGUAUAUCCGGGGCAAUUUCAGCUGCACUGUUAGGUUAUGCUGAAAUGGAGGACCCGAAACUAGUGGAAUACAGAUUGGGACUCAUCAUUACAGCUUUUAUGUUCUUUUUAAUUGCUUCGCCACUAUUUAGUUUGAACGAUAUAAUCAAAAACAAGAGUACAGAAGGCUUGCCCUUUCCGAUGAUUUUGUCCGGCACAGUAGUGACGUUCAUGUGGUUACUAUACGGGAUUAUAUUAAGGAAUCAGUUUCUUGUUAUCCAAAAUGUAGUGGCACUAGUUUUGUGCUCAAUUCAAUUGUCGCUCUUUGUGAUCUAUCCCUCUAAACCAAAGGGCAGUGAGAAGGUAAAGCCUAAAGCGAAGAAGAUCGACUAAGAAAAUAUUAGUACUAAGUAAAACAAAGCACAGAUGCCUAUAUUUAGUUGUAAAUUAGUCAAAAAUUAAUGUACUUUGAAUCUUUUCCCUGCAUCAAAUUCUGAAUCAAGAAAAUAUACGACAAAGACACGUUGACGAAGGUUAUUUUUUAUGAAAAAGAUAACGUUUUUCUUUAUGUUACCUGCGUACUUACAUUGAUACAUGAGUGGUAUAACAUGUAAUUCUAUAUGUUAUAUUCUAAUGUACAAAAAUGUACACAAAAAUUUGAGCCUCGUCUAUGUAACCCUUAUGAUAUACUAUCAAAGUUGACCGCACAUUGGCUACUACCAUUUGAGUAUUUAUUUAAAUAACUUUAUUGACCAAGCGACGGAUUGCCAUUAACGAAAAGAAGAGAAGAACUUUAUUGACCAAAAAAAUGUGGUACAAAAUGCGGGCUUAAUGCCAAAAUAUCGUUCUAUAUCAGUAUUCUAUAACAGCAUGACAUUAAAAAAUAAAAUCAAAAUAGUAUCUUUUGAAAGAAAUGUUCUAUCAGUGAAACCAUCCGUCAUUAGCAGCCAAUGUGAGAUCAAAUGAGUGAUUUGAGAAAAUUUAAACUACCUGUUUUAAAUUUAAAUUUACUACCAAUUAGAGCAUUGACUGUGAUAGACUUCCUUCCAUGUUCCAAGACUAAAAUAGUCUAUAGUAUAGUGAUAUCACCUGGUAUUAAUCAUGCGAAUUUAAUUUACAUGUAUUUCUGAAUUAGAAUAUGUACAAUUACCACGUAAGUGCUUCUUGUGAUAUUAUUAUUCAUUUAUUUGUAGGUAUCUUGUAUACCUAUUUUGCUUCAUUAUUUUACAGCCUAUUAGCCUACUAGCUACUAGCAGAAAGUUUUUUUAAUUUGUAUGCAAUUAAUGAGUUACAAUCGAAAUUAAUUUAUGUCCAUUUAAACUUUUCUACAGCAGACAUAACAGAAAUGCACUUUAUCUGAGUGGAUUUCUUACAAUGUUGCCAAAAAGAAUUAUAUGCCAGAGAGAGGCCUUAAAUUACUUUAUGAAUACUUUAAAAACUUGAACGCUUGUAAUUUCUUUAUUUUAUCAACAAAAAGUUUAACUUGUGUAUAUUAUUAUAAAAAGACGAAAAAUAAUAUUUUUCAUAGUAAAAAAUUGUUUACAUUUUUCAUUCCAAUGAAUUUGUAUUAUUGUAUACAGUAUAUUGAGAAUGAAUGAAUGUUUAUAUUAAUUAUAAUUAUUGUAUUAAAUGAUAAUAUUGUAAAUCAUGAUAUUAUUAUUUUUUUUUUUGAAAAUUUUAUUGUUAGAAAAAAGUUCUAAGUUCAAAUGUUAAAAUUAAUCCUAAUAAAUACCAAUGAAAUAUUCGAAAUGACAUGUAUGAGUACUUACAUAUUUUUGUAAAUCUAAUGUUGAUAUAUUAUCAAAAUGUACAAAUUAUGUUUCUAUAUUCUUCAUAAUAAAAUGUAGAGAAUGAGAGAGGCUGAAAGAAUAUUUAUUUGCACUAAAUGUAUACGUUUAUAUUAAUAUGAACAAUUUUAUAAAAGACAAUUUUUCUGUGUGGAAAAAGCAGCCUUUUUGCUGAAAGCAAUUGUUUCAAGGCAACCUUCAGGUUAAAACCUUGAUUUUACCCAUUGUAAAAUGAAUUGAAUUGUUAAAUUUGCCAAAUAAAUAAAGUGAUGUGACAAAAAUUUGUGAAUAAUUCCAGAACAAUAAAUAUUUUAUAUUAUUA